UUUGAAGAAGACACAUUGGAUCAGCAAAUAACGAAGCAGGAUAUAGAUGAUGUGAACAGAUUCAUAAACCUCGGUAUCAAGGAACAUGGCGAUAACUAUAAUGGUGAUGGUACAUCAUUAUUGUCUUGCUCUGAGUAUAAACUACUACUACGUUCAACUGGUUGGUUAUGCGGUAAUAUUAUUGACAGUGCAUUGGUGCUUUUGCACAAGUCUUAUCCUUCUAACAAAUCCACUGGUACCUGGUCAUACUUUGAAAGUCACUUACCGUAACUCUUGUGGGGUGUUUGCUUUCAAGUUUAUCGAGCAUAUGGUCAGGAAGAUUCCUGUUUGUGAAGUCGAACCUGCUUUCGCUACUCGUUAUCGAUGCGAACUUGCGGUGCAGCUAUUCAAGAAACAAUUUAUAGAGGUGAAUGGCACAAGUGGUGAAUAGUAACCUGUAAUCAUAUGAUCUUGUAGUAUAAUUCCUGGCCAGCAUGUUGGUCCCUGUUUUUUGGAUGUGUAUAGUUGAAAAAGAUGUCAGCUGUAGUUCUAAAUCUAAGUUAGUGGCGAUGGACUCUUAUACCCUGGAUAUAUCUGUUUAUAUUUUGUUGAUCAUGUUAUGAUCCUUCAAUUAUGUA